AUGUCGAAGCCACCACGUCUGGCCGCGCUCCGGUACCGCGCAAAACCGGCGCUGAUUGCCACUGCCUACGUUAUUGUGCUAGUGGUCCCAUGGAUCUUGACGUGCGUCCUGUCGUCUCGGACUAUCCGACAGUCUUGGGACAACUCAGGGGCAGUUGAGCGAGAAACGGCCGAGAAUCUCCACCGAGUCUCUUUUCUUAUCGAUGCCCUAAAUUUGAUUGCAGCAGUAGCUGCGUUGCCUGUCAUCUACGCGCUCCUUGCGCGUGCGGCCGUUGUUUUCUCACAGCGGACGGACAACCGCAAGACACUGAACGUGAAGGAGCUCAUGGCCUUGGCGGACAGGAACUUUGUUCGUGAUGGUUUCCUGGGAAGAAUAGGCGCCAAAUCUUCUCUGUUCCUCCUGGGGGUUGCCCUCGUCCUGCUCGGCAUACCGCGAGACCUUGUCGUCGCGAAGACGCGGAAUGCCCUGAUCAACGCCUUCCCCACGGAGUGGACGGCCACGGCGUGGUAUGAUCCUGAUGCGGACGAGGAUGAUGAUGCGGCAGAUGCCGGUCGUUAUUUUGCCUCUUCGUUGCCUCGGGACACGACUACGGGCCUGUAUAAACAGCAUGCGCUUCGGAUGAACAGCAGCUCAAUGUGUAACGAAAUACCGGCCUCAGAAGUCCCCAUACGCUGCCCUGGGAGCUACGAUCGUGUAUUCUACACCUCCUACGACAAUGCAAACUUGACCGUCAACAUCUGCCUACAAACCCCGGAGGGUAGGAGUGGCCCCUGGAAUUACACCGAAGACCGGCAGGAGUUGACCGAGACCUUAUACAUUACCGCUUCCAGCCCCUGGGCUCGUAGUGGUCGGACGCCUUACGCAAACGGCACCCUGCGUUGCAUCGGAAAGACUAGCAUGGGGUACUUCGAACUCGGAAACUCCUUCAAUGGCGGCAAGUUCGGCCCGCUGCUAUCUUCCUUCGACUUCCCCCCCGGCACCGGAAACCCGGAAUUUAGCGACGACGUGCGCAAGGCCUGGUACCCCAGUGUAGGUCUAUUUAACCCGAGCUACGUGGGGGGGGAGUAUGUGCGCGAUUACGGCACCUCGAGAGACGAAUAUCUCGGUGCUUACGGUCCGCUCAUGCUCGCGGCACACGCCAUGUUCGGCGCAGGAUCCUUCUUCGACCUCGCACAAUCCAUCCGCGAGCCCAACGACACGCUGUCCCAGGCCCUUUGUCAGCUGAGCCCCAUCCCCUUCUCUCGCCUCUCUCCCGGCCUAAGCCGCUGUGACCCGCAAGACACCAGGUCGAGCUCAACUAUCUCUUCUAGCCGGCGUGGAAGAUUUGCCUCCAGGCAUGGCUGGGCCAACGACCGGGUGGAAGCGCUCAUCUCAAAUAUUCGCGAAUCGAACGGAACGGUCAGUGGCCUCCUCAACACGGCCAUGUACCUCGCCAACAAAGCCACAUUGGAUGUGGCCGCGGGUCCGGCCGUUGUGCCCCAGGGAGGAACCUGGGACCCUCGUCAGAUAUGGCGGGCUGAGGGGAUUGAGAUCCGCACUCCCGUGGUAUCAACCGCGGGCUUGGCUGUGGUUACGGUGCUUCUGGGGUUGCAGGUUGUGGGCAUUCUCGCCCUGCUCUGGUAUAUAUACAGUGUGCCGACAUGGACCGAGACGCUGGACGCCAUGGCUGUCGCAAGAAUUACGAGGCAGCUGGCGGAAAGAGACGAGGGAUUUCUCAGGUCGGAUGCAUUGUGGGACCCGACAGCGGAGGAACUCCGCCGUAUGCAAGAUAUGGAUGCCCUUGUGGGACUCGUGGAGCGCGAAACCCCAGAGAAGCCCGGAGGUAGUGCCACGACUACAAAGGUUUCUGGUGAGGUAACCUUGGCCCCGGCUUCUUCUGAACAUGUUGACCAUGUUUUGAGCGUUGGGGCCCCCGGACUCAUUUCACGUGGUAUGAAGAAGGUUACCAGGUCUUCGGUUUAG